GGAAAGUCCUGGGAGAGUAAGUGCGUCAGCAGGUCUGGACCACCAUGUGGACCUUCUGGCUCCAGCUGAUGUUGCUCAGCGCUUCCAUCCAGCAGGUGACCAGUUCAGGUGCAGGACGACACUCACUGUGGGUUUUGGGAACCAGUAUCUCAGGACCCUCACAGCUGCCAGAGUUCAGCUGCAUCCUGAUGCUGGACGACCUCCAGGUGGCGUACUACGACUCCACACUGGACCACCUGGUCACCAGCAGCAGGGACAGGACUCCACUGGACCUGGGUCAGAACGCCAUGAGGAUCGCUCAUGACAUGAUCUUAAACAUGAGAGACAGACUGAGGUUCUCCAAGCACCGCUUCAACCAGACCGAAGGUCUCCACGUCCAGCAGAGAAUCGCAGGCUGUGAGAUCCAGGACGGACAGCCGACCGUCGUCAUGUCACGUGAUGGUUUUGACGGUCAGGACUCUGACAGCCGGAUGUACAACACCACCCACUUCUCCUGCACAGUCAGAGAUGCCUUGCAGGGCUGGUGGACUGCAGCGAGGUGGCACUUCGUCCAAACCCUCUAUCAUCAUUUCUACCUCCCGACAUGUGAGGCAGUCCUGAAGCAGCUGCUGGAGCAGAAGAAGAAGCUGCUGAACCGUCGAGUCCGGCCAAGACUCCGCGUCUUCUCCAGACAGGGGAAUGGUGGAGCUCUGCUCACCUGUCUGGCCACAGACUUCUACCCUCGCCACAUCAACCUGACCCUGCUCCGGGACGGACGGCAGGUGGAGGAGGAUCAGCUGAGCGCUGGUCUGCUGCUGCCCAACGCCAACGGCCUCUACCAGGUGAGGAAGAUGCUGGUGCUGACAGAGCAAGAGCUGCAGCAGAAACACAACUACACCUGCACUGCCGCUCACCUGAGCCUGGACAACCGACUGCAGGUGAGCUGGAGGGCCGAGUCCUACCACUCCCACCGGGCACACUUGGUCUCGCCGCUCGUCCUGGUGGCUCUGCUUCUGCUGCUGCUCCUGCUUCUGGCCCUGGCCAAGUGUGGCAAAUCUCAGGAGCUCACAGAGACUCAGUGGAGGCAGAGAGUGAAACUCAGCUGUGAAGCGCCCCCUGGUGGCCGUGAGACAUUACAACACUGGUUUGGGUUUGAUCGUCCGUUCAGAGCCAGUGAUGCUCCUGAACCCAGGUGCACUGAUUCCAGCUGCAUGUCAGAGAGAAGCCUCCACAGCAGACGUCCAGGGACGACUGGUUCUCCAGUGUGGCAGGUCCACCAUCAUCAGUUUUUUCUCCUGUCAUUCUCAGCUGCACCACAGAAGAGGGACUACACCCUGAAGCAGGAUGAGAUUAUAAUCCAGCCUCCAUCACUUGUCCUUGGUCAUCUGGAGAAGAUCUUUUGGAGACAUAACGGCGAGAAAGUUGCUACAUUUGACGGCGGCAAACAACAUUUCUACGGCUCCUAUGACGGCAGAACCAUACUGGACGGUGCUGCGCUCUUCAUCAGAGAUGUGCGGUUGGAGGACAGAGGAGAAUAUGAGCUGGAGGUUUGGGUCAAAGAUCAGAACCACCAGACUAAAAAAGAGUAUCAUCGUUGGGAGGUGACAGCUGAAGUGUCCAUCACCAGUGUUUCCUGUGAGAUGGAUGGUGACCACCAGGCAAAGCUGGUCUGUUCUGCUGAGUCCAGUCACCCUCAGCUACUGAACUAUGAGUGGAGCUUCAAUGGAACUAAACAUCGCGGCUCCAACCUGAAGAUUGGUCUGGAGGAGGAACAUGACGAGACGGUGUUCACCUGUCGUGUCAGCAGCCCUCUGAGUGAAGACAAAGCUACUUUAGCAGCCAGGAAAUGUUACCCAGAAACUCCAGAGUCUGUGGUGCCGACUGUCGUCCCCAUCGUCGCCGUGUUGAUGGUGGCUGUGCUUCUGAUUGUGGGCCUGGUGGUCUGGAAGAGACGUAAAGGUUCAUCUGAGGAAGAGAACCAGGCCAGAGAAGAACAUCCUCUCAUGAAGUGGCCCUCCGACUCUGUGGAUCACGGAAGUCGUGCUGCUGACUGUGCAGGGCGACUGAAGAGGAGGCUGAAGGAGCAGUUCCACAGUGUGUCUGAGGGGGUCGCUAAAGCAGGAAACUCUGCCCCUCUGAAUCAGAUCUACACAGAGCUCUACAUCACUGAGGGGGGCACAGAGCAGGUCAACCAGGAGCACGAGGUCCGACAGAUCGAAGCAGCAACCAGGAAGCAGACCAGACCAGGAACUACCAUCAGACCAGAAGACCUCUUUAAAGCCUCAGCUGACACAGAGCGACCAAUCAGGAGCCUGCUGACGAAGGGCGUGGCUGGCAUUGGGAAGACCCUCCUGACACAGAAGCUGACUCUGGACUGGGCUGAAGACAAAGCCCACCACAACUUCCAGCUGGUGUUUCCUUUCACCUUCAGAGAGCUGAACCUGCUGAAAGAGAAGACGUUGAGUUUGGUGGAACUUGUUCAUCACUUCUUUCCUGAAGCCAAAGACUCAGGACUCAGCAGCUUUGAAGGAGUCCAGGUUCUGUUCAUCUUGGACGGUCUGGACGAGUGUCGACUCCCUCUGGACUUCAACAGUCAGGUCCUGACAGCAGCUACAGAGUCCACCUCAGUAGACGUCCUGCUGACCAACCUCAUCAGGGGGAACCUGCUUCCCUCAGCUCAGCUCUGGAUCACCACGCGACCUGCAGCAGCCAAUCAGAUCCCUCCUGAGUGUGUGGACAGGGUGACAGAGGUCAGAGGGUUCACUGACCUCCAGAAGGAGGAGUACUUCAGGAAGAGGUUCAGAGAUGAGCAGCAGAGCACCAUCAUGUCUCACAUCAGGAGCUCACGAAGCCUCUACAUCAUGUGUCACAUCCCCAUCUUCUGCUGGAUCACUGCCACAGUUCUGGAGGACAUGUUGAAGAGCAGAGAGACCAGAGAGCUGCCCAAGACCCUGACUGAGAUGUACAUCCACUUCCUGGUGGUUCAAGCCAAAGUCAAGAAGCUCAAGUACCAUGGAGGAGCUGGGACAGACGAGGUUUGGACUCCUGAGAGCAGGAAGAUGGUGGAGUCUCUGGGAAAACUGGCUUUUGAGCAGCUGCAGAGAGGAAACUUGAUCUUCUAUGAAUCAGACCUCACAGAGUGUGGCAUCGACAUCACAGCUGCUGCAGUUUACUCAGGAGUCUUCACACAGAUCUUAAGAGAGGAGAGAGGACUGUACCAGGACAAGGUCUUCUGCUUCAUCCACUUGAGUCUUCAGGAGUUUCUGGCUGCUCUUCAUGUCCACCUGAAGUUCUUCAACUCUGGAGUCAAUCUGCUGGACUCACAACAAACACUUGAAACCAAACAUCCAGAACAGUUCUACCAGAGAGCAAUAAAUGAAGCUGUAGAAAGUCCAAAUGGACAUCUGGACUUGUUCCUGCGCUUCCUCCUGGGUCUUUCUCUGCAGACCAACCAGAGGCUCCUUCCAGGUUUGUUGACCCAGGCAGGAAGUAGCUCCUGGACCCAUCAGGACACAGCAGAGUUCAUCAGGAAGAAGAUCAGUGAGAAAGUGUCUCCAGAGAGAAUCAUCAAUCUGUUCCACUGUCUGAGUGAACUGAAGGUCACUUCUCUGGUGGAGGAGGUGAAUGAGCUGCUGAGAUCAGGAGCUCUCUCCACAGGUCAACUGUCUCCUGCUCAGUGGUCCAGCCUGGCCUUCAUCUUACUGUCCUCAGAGGAAGAUCUGGACGUGUUUGACCUGGAGAACUGCUCUGUUUUAGAGAAGGUUCUGGAGAGGCUGCUGCCGGGGCUCCAAGCCUCAAAAGAAGUUCAACUGAGUGGGUGGAGCCUGUCAGAGAGAAGUGGUUCCCUUCUGUCCUCAGUCCUCAGCUCUCCGUCCUCUAGUCUGACACAACUGCACCUGAGCUACAACAGGGACCUGAAGGAUGCAGGAGUGGAGCUGCUGUCUGCUGGACUGAAGAGUCCACACUGUCACCUGGAGACUCUCAGCCUGAGCAGCUGUGGACUGUCAGAGAGAAGUGGUUCCCUUCUGUCCUCAGUCCUCAGCUCUCCGUCCUCUCGUCUGACACAACUGGACCUGAGUGGCAACUACCUGAAGGAUGCAGGAGUGGAGCUGCUGUCUGCUGGACUGAAGAGUCCACACUGUCACCUGGAGACUCUCAGACUGAUCGACUGUGGACUGUCAGAGAGAAGUGGUUCCCUUCUGUCCUCAGUCCUCAGCUCUCCGUCCUCUAGUCUGACACAACUGGACCUGAGUCAGAACAGGGACCUGAAGGAUGCAGGAGUGGAGCUGCUGUCUGCUGGACUGAAGAGUCCACACUGUCACCUGGAGACUCUCAGUCUGAUACAGUGUAGGAUCUCAGAGAGAGGCUGUGCUUCUCUGGCCUCAGCUCUGACCUCUAACCCCUCCCACCUGAGAGAGCUGGACCUGAGGAACAACCAUCCAGGAGGAGCAGGACUGGAGCGGCUGUCUGCUGGACUGGAGAGUCCAGACUGGAGGCUGGAGACUCUCAGGCUGGAACACUGUGGACCACUGUGGUUAGAGAUCUGACCUGAAGAAGUGUGAACUGACUCCGAGUCUCAGCAGCCGCUGCCGUCAUCAUGGAGAGUUUCCAACUCUUCUGAGGCAGAGUCUCAGUGGAGAGCAGCACAGAGAAAGAGUCCUCAACAGCAGUCAGAGAAGAAGCCUCCACCCUCACAGAAGCUCUUCAUCUGUGGAAACGCUUCUGUCUUCAACGCCCCAAACAGCUCAGAUGUCCAGCUUUUGCUCUUGUUUUCCAUGACUCCUUCAUGCCACUUCCUCUCUGAAGCCUUCAGUCGUGUCCAUGACUUGAACCCUGAUAUGAGCCCUUUGAUGUGGACACUUGAGGAGCCUGUGUUUUGGACACGUGGACUUUGUUCAUCACAUGUCACUGGCUGAAAUGAUCUUCCUCUGAAUGCAAACCGACAGAUGCUCAUGACUCAGUCGGAACAGGGCUGUUUGACUCACCAUGUGAUCUUCUUCUUCUCACCAAGGUAGUUCCAAACACAAGACCAUGUACCUGAACAAUGUCUUUUAGAAGUCAGCAGUGACUCAGUGAGAAGCUACGGAGAAAUGGUGUGAUGAGGUCACCAGCUGAGACCUCCAACCACGGCCUCCUGAUAUGGUGUGGGAAGAUCAACCUGCCAUUUGAUGUCUGCAGGUCUUUCAACAAGCUCUGUCACGGCUCACUUUGCCUCGUUUUGGACUCAACUCUUCCACAGUGAAAGAACCUGUUUUGGAUUUGCUGCACUGCAGGUAGAGAUGGAGGAACCUGCUUUAAAGUUCCGACGACUUCAGCUUGUGUGGAAAUGUUGGUGACGCUGGUGAAGAGGCCGGAAAUAAAGGUUGGUUCUGUUCUGGAGUGGAACAAUGAGUUUCACCUAUUUCCUCCAGGUGUUUUAAUUUCUCUCUGGCUGUUUCCACCUCACCCUGCAGAGAAGACACUGCUUCAUUCAUCUGUGAGGAGAAAAUCCAGUUAACUAACAGGUUACAAACAAUAUUUACAGUUUGUGUAGUUUGGUGUCAACAGAUGUGCUUGGAGUGGUUUCUGUUGUGACGUCAAACAGCAGGCAGAAGGAAGGACCUGCGAUACUUCACAUGCUUUGGGUGGCUCAUCCUGUCACCCUCCUGCCCCCCACCUCUUCCUGAAGGUGGUGCUGUUGCUCAUGUUAUCUGCAGCUCUGGGGUUUAUUAUCAGGAGUCUCUCCCCACUGAGGAACGAGUCAAGGAUAUCUGUCUGUCUGUUGUUGAGAUGUAUGGAAAUGUUUGUGACACUGGCCAGAGUGCAGAAAAGAGUGUUAAUGGUGAAGAGCAAAAGUGUUUUCUGUGGAUUUCCUCCUCAGAAUAAACAGCAGUUGGAGCAACAUGGUCCUCCCUGACUGUGUCGUCUCGCUUCACUCUUGAUCAGCAGACGAGGCGUGUUCAGCAGCCACUUUGUUCCCAGCAGCUCCGCAUCCAUAGCCAACCCCUGCCACCCGGUUCAUACAGCGCAUGCUCAUUCCCACAGUGUAGCAUUCUGGGUCAUGAAGUUCAACUCACUUCAUAACAUCACAUUUUCCCUCCUAUAAAAAGAUAUGACGACAUUCUAAACGUCCCAGUCUCCUCAGCUUAUUACAGACACAACUGAAACUGCCAUUGCGAAAUAUUUCAGUGAAACUUUUUAGCUUUGAAAUGACCUACACGCUCUAAACAUCCACAGCAACACACACACCGAUAUUCCUUUUUUUUUUUUUUCUUUACAAUAUAAGCAAGUAUUUAACAACUUUCAUUCAACCUCGUGGGUGGCUGCAUAUGUCUCUGCAACUUUGAUUGAUUGACUGCAGCAUUUGAUGGUCCGGACUCUGUUGCAACAUCUGAAUCUGAGUGGACAGAAGUGUCUGAUUCUGCUGUGUCAUGUUGAACAGUCUCCUUAGCUGCAAAGUCUUCCUUCGUUGUGUGUAGUUGAAGGUCUGUGUGGUUUCUCCUCAGA